AUGGCUUCUCAUGCUCUUGUUCCUAUUUACGUGCCUCCAUUAUAUUUCAACUCUGCUCAAGAUCUCAUUUCUGCACUCGCCCAUGAACAGUUCUUUGUCAUUGGCCCUACGGUCGACCGCAAAUACUGGGAGGUCGCUGCCCCGCCGGAGCUGCUCCAAUUUUUCCACCUCAAAAAGGUCCAUUCUGAGAUGAAUUUGCAAUACGAGCUUUUCGUACCUCAUCCUGCCGACGUUCUAGAGCUGGGUCAUGACAGAGCAGUGAUACUGGCGCGAGCUCGUUUUAUCCGCGGGGUUUUCAAGAGUGUUGCCACCGAACAGGUUCCCGCGCUUACAUCGUUUCUUGAAAGACGUUCACAAUGCUCAGCUACGCCAAUGAAGUGGGCAAUGCUGGCAUACCGUCUCUGGGUGAGAACACUAAGGCCGAAAGCACACUCCUUUGAGCCGGCUGAUCCUGACUGUGAGCAGAGAUCCUCACUUGAGGCCCGCUGCCGCCUAUAUGGAGUCCUCGCUAUAUGCAGGAAGCUGCUCGAUAGUAGCAUGAUCGUUAUACCAAUUCUUGAAGAGAAUGUCUAUCUGUCGCUUCAGAACAGAGCUCUUGCUCCAUCAUGCGAGGACUUCAGUGAGCUUCAUUGUUGCUCCCUUCUCCAUAUCAUUCUGGAGUCUGUGGGCGGCGCCAACUUGGGACAGGCAUCGUUCACCCAUUUCGACUCAGCCGUUCCUUAUUCCAUGAACUUGCUGCUAUGCGGGACCAUCCAAGGACAUCUACACAUUGGCGGAAUAGACGUUGCUACUGCGGCUAUCGAGGCUUCAUACGAUCUCCCCGGCGUCGAGGACCUGAGAUACCUUCAUAUUUUACCAUUAAGAAUCCUAGUAUGA